AUGAGGAAUGCAACUUCAAAAGUCAUAGCGGAAUACAUUAUAGACCUAGUACGCCAUAUACUACAAGAGAUAACACCCAAAUUUGUCAUUGAAGAAAUGAGAAGCAGAUAUGGCUUGCACAUUGGUUACCACAAAGCAUGGCGUUCCCUCCAACACGCUUAUAAUGUUAUAAGAGGAAGCCCAGAAAAUAACUACACACUUCUACCGCAAUAUUUUCACAUGAUGAAAUUAAGAAAUCCUGGAACAGUUGCUAACAUCAAAUGGACCGCUGACAAUAAGUUUAAGUAUGCUUUUUUCGCUUAUGGAGCAUCAAUUGAGGGUUGGAAACACUGCAGACCAGUAAUGAUGGUGGAUGCAACCCUCUUGAAAUCAAAAUACCGCGGUGUGCUCAUGAUAGCAGUAGCAAAAGAUGGAAACAACAGCAUAUUUCCUCUCGCAUUUGGUAUUGCAGACUCUGAGAAUAAUGAAUCCUACAGGUGGUUCUUCAGACACAUGAAAAAGGUGUUUGGCACGCGCAAAGACCUAUCAAUUCUUUCCGAUCGCCACGCAUCAAUUGCAACUGCAAUCAAAAGAACUGCAGAGUUUCGUACCUAUAUGUCACAGAUACAAAAAAUCGACCCAAAAGCUGCAGAAUACAUAGAAGAAGAACCACCGGAAAGAUGGGCACGUCCAUUCCACACCAACAGGCGUUACAACAUGCUCACAACAAACAAUGUCGAGACAAUGAAUUAUGUAUUGAGGAAAGCAAGGGAGUUGCCAAUAAUGGAAUGUAUUGGUUACAUCCAGAACAAGCUGCAAAUUGGUUUUACCAGAGAAAAUUAG